AUGGAUGUUGCGAAGGUCGCUGGAGGGGGCCGUUGGAGGUCGUCGCAGGGGCUGGAGGGCGCGAAGGUCGCUGGAGGCCGCAGGAGAGAGGUCGCCGCGAUGCUGGAGGCCGCUGGAGGUCGUCGCGAUGGAGGGGCGGAUCAGGGAAAGGCGGUCCAGAAGAUCUGGUCCCAACUUACGGUCCUUGACAGAUCUGAAGUCGCUCCUCCGCCGGGGUCGGUGCCGGAAUCCUCUCUCCCUUUCACCAUCUUUGACAUAGUAUUACUCUACGCUGAACAACCAGUUCAGCGCCUUUUCUUCUACCCUUUCCCCCACUCCCCUGCCCACUUCCUCGACUCCCUCCUCCCCACUCUCAAAUCCGCCCUCUCCCUCACUCUCCGGGACUUUUACCCACUGUCCGGCAAGAUCCGCCUCCACCCGGGUAGCCACGACAAGUACGAGCUACACUACGUCGAGGGCGACUCUGUUACCUUCACCGUCGUCGAGCACGAUGGGGACUUCGAUGACCUCUCCGGACGCCCCGGAUGCGAGUACGCCAGGUUACUUCACUUGAUCCCCCAACUAGCUGACCCAGACGAUGGCCGGAGGCCGGUGACAGCCGUGCAGGUGACUCUGUUUCCCAACAGAGGCGUGGCUGUGGCCGUGUCCGUCCACCACUCGGCGUGCGACGGCUCCAGCUCCACCAGAUUCAUCUCCUCCUGGGCUUCUAGAACCGCGGCAGGGUCAGGCGAGGCGGCGCUGGCUCCGGCGCCGGCGCUGCCCUUCUUCGACCGGACCAUGAUUCCGAAUCCGAGCGAUUUGUACUCCAGGUUCUGCAGCAACUUUGCCGUCGAUGCGAAGUCGACCGAGUCAAUAAUGAUGAAUGUGGCUCCGACUGGCUCGAUCCUCGGCAACUUUACCAUUAACGCAGACCAGCUCCAGAGACUAAAGGAGAUGGUCUCCUCCAAGUCCAAUUUCUCCUUCCAUUGCUCCACCAUCGCGGUGACCUACGCGUACGCGUGGGUUUGCCUCGUUAGAUUGCGAGGAUACCCCGAGGAAAAGCAUCUCUACUUGGCAUUCCCCGGAGACUGCCGGCAUCGGUUGCAGCCGCCUCUCUCGGCGGAAUACUUCGGCAACUGUAUCGCCUGCUACUUCGUCGAGGCGAAGGCUGGCGACCUUGCCGGGGAAGACGGGUUUACGAUGGCAGCACGACUCGUCGGUGAAACCAUCGAAAGGCUCAAACAUGAUCCGCUAGAGGGCAUGGAUAACUGGCCGGAAAAGUACCGGGAAAUGUGGAUGCAACAUCCUUUUAGCGUCGCGGGGUCGCCGUCGUUCAAAGUUUACGACGUUGACUUCGGGUGGGGAAGGCCGGUGAAGGUGGACGUCCCGUCGAUCGCACGGAUAGGAGCCAUGUCUGUGUCAGAGAGCAGGUAUGCGGACGGUGGAGUGGAGAUUGGUUUGGCGUUACCGAAGCAGGAGUUGGAUGAGUUUGAGGCUCAAUUCUCACUCGGGCUUACACUUUGACUAAAAAGUCAACGAUCCAUGGUGUCGGCCGUUACUCUUCGCCCCUAAACUUCGAUAUUUGCUAGUGUUUUUGUCAUAUAUCAGUUUGGAGUUGUAUUUCGUUAAAUAUUUCGCUACGAUUUGGUUAGCUUUUCUGUCCGUCGUUUCCUAAGCAGGAUAGUUUUUCAUUGGUAUUGUCCAUGGCGCU